AUGUCAACAAAAAGGAAAAGAAUGUUUUCAAAAGAAUUAAAACAUAUGAUGUAUGGUUUUGGAGAUGUUAGAGAACCAUUACAUGAAUCAAUAGAUUUGUUAGAAGAGUUAGUUUUCGAAUUUAUACAAGAAAUGACAUUAAAAGCAGCUCAAGUUUCAAAUAAAAGAGGUAAAUUUCAAACAGAGGAUUUAGUUUUUCUUGUAAGAAAAGAUCCAAAGAAAUAUUACAGAGUUAUUGAAUUAUUAAGAAUGAAUGAAGAGUUGAAGAAAGCAAAGAAAGCUUUUGAUGAAACUAAUGUUGAAGAGGAAGAAAAUGUUUAA